AUGCGUUUCUCCUUCCCCCUCAUAUCUGCCGUAGCUGCGGCGUUGGUUGGAGUCACAUCUGCGGCGGUUCACGAUGAAACCUUCAUCCCAGAUGCCGUCCUCCGCGUUACGGAACAGGACGCACAGCAGCCUUGCGUGCCAUAUAAAGCGGUUGUGCUAGUCAAUGGCACCACUCCAGGACCCGUCCUCCGAUUCACGGAAGGCGAGACUGUUUGGAUCCGAGUUUACAAUGAUAUCGAGACUCAGAACUUGACCAUGCAUUGGCAUGGCCUCACAAUGGCAACAGCCCCUUUCUCUGAUGGCACUCCGUCAGCUGCUCAAUGGCCCAUUCCUCCAAACCACUUUUUUGAUUAUGAACUUAAUGUGCCCAUGGGUUAUGCCGGAACAUACUUUUACCAUUCGCACGUCGGUUUGCAGGCUACCUCUUGCACGGGCCCCUUGAUUAUCGAAGACCAUGAUGCCCGCCCCUACGACUACGAGGAUGACCGCAUCCUCAUGGUCCAAGACGUCUUCCCGAAUACCGAAUAUAUCGAGGCGGCAUUGCUGGCCGUCCCUAUGGAGUAUGAGAGGGCCCAAGAAAUGGUGCUUAUUAAUGGGAAAGGAGGUGGUUUGACGUCUGAGGGCACGACAUGCAGCUCUCCGGUGACGGUCAUCAACGUCGAGCAUGGAAAGACUUACCGUUUCAGACUUAUUGGGGGGACUGGUUUAUCAAUUAACAUUAUCGGUAUUGAGGCGCAUCCUAUGUUACAGGUAAUCGAAGCCGACGGAGCCUACACGGAAAUGUACCCCACCUCAUUUAUGCAAGUCAGCCCAGGCCAACGGUUCAGUUUCCUCCUCCAAACUCUUAGGAAUCCAGACAAGGAGCAAUAUUGGAUACAGCUAGAGACCCGCGACUUCGGAGGACUUACACGCUCGUACGCAGUUCUCAACUACGGCCCUGAAAUUAAUGAUUCGGUUACCUCUAUCUAUCCACCAGCGGAUCCAACCCCCAUUACCUUACCGCAGACAGACACUACUUGGUUAGAGUACACGCUCCGCCCCUUCAACGACUCGCGAUACCCAACCGCAUCUAUGAAUGCAAUGGAUUACCCAACAGCUGCGGAAGUAACCCGUAGAGUUAAAAUCACAUCUCAUCUUCAUAUUAGCAGCGGCGGUGGCCUGCUUUAUACACUGAAUGGCUACACCUGGAAUGAAGAGACUCCGCCGGAGCCUUAUCUUGUCUCUCUCUAUAAAGAUGGCGGCUCAGAUUGGCCGUCUAUGGAAGUCGCUCUCCAACAUGAGGGUAUAGACCCCAACGCCCAUGCUUUCCCGGCGCUCAUUGGAGAGGUGCUCGAGAUCGUCGUUCAGGGCACGGGGUCUGACGGUGGCGGAACGGAAACCCACCCAUGGCACGCUCAUGGAGCUCAUUACUGGGAUUUGGGUGCCGGUGAGGGUAUAUACAAUGCCACCUUGAAUGAAGAGCUGUGGGCACAGUCCGGGGCACAUCCAAUCCGGAGAGAUACCACAAAUCUCUACAGAUACAGCGGAAAUGCGGCAAAUGGCACGCUCUCGGCAUGGAGGGCCUGGAGACUCAGGAUCACGGAGCCAGGUGUUUGGAUGAUUCACUGCCAUCUUUUACCUCACAUGGUGUGGGGUAUGCAGACUGUUUGGGUUAUGGGCAAUCAGACUGAAGUGCUUGGAAUGAUUGAUAGGCCCGGUGUGGAAGGAUAUAUUACAUAUGGAGGGAGCGUCGUCGGGAAUGAGACACAUCCACCUGAGGUCGUCGACUGGUUCCCUCUCUCCGAGUGGGAAGACGGUCAAAUCCCCCCUCAGUGA